AUAUGACGGGCACUGCCCAUUGUCCUGAAAUGGACAAAUUUAUGGAACGUUCCAUGGUUUUGAAAUUAGCAAAAUGCUGGGGCUGUCCAUGGUGCUGAAAUCAGCAACAUUCCUAUGUAAACAGUUCACGGUGGGAGUGUCUACUGCAUGGGAGAUAAGGUAGUGGGCUAAGAAGGCGGUCUAGGCCAAUAUUUAUAGUUGUUCCAUUAUAUUUGCCUAAACUAAACACUCUCUUGAGUACGGAUAUAUUUCUUAGGUGACUUGAGCUGGUUUGUUCCACAAAUCUGUAUGCGCAUUGUUUCCUCUGUCUAAAUAUUACUGCGCGUUUAUCUUUCUGUGGACUGGACUUGAGCGCCACCCUGGUGAAAGUGAGAAAAUACAGUGUAUUUUUACAUCAACAUUAGCCUACUGGUGACGAAUUAUGUUCUUCUUAACUGGCCAUUUUUAAGAGCCAUUUUAUUACGCGCUUUAGAAGAGGCAUCGAUACAAAUUGCAUAAAACGCUACAUAAAACGCUCGUUUCACUUCGUAUCGUGAAAAUUACAAUGACAGAGGCAAUGUGGGCAAAGGCUUGUUUUGCAAGACAUACUCGGUAGCGUUGAGGAUCAGGGCUUCACAAUUUAAAUCAUAAUUUUGUAAGCAUUCCAUUACCUAUUUUAUUACUGUUUAUUUUUUUGCAAAUUGCCAUAUUUUCCAUGCAUAGUCGUUGAGCCGCACUCGCAUGACACCAAGCCUACAGUAAAUGACACAAAAUGUGCAGCAACAGCGAGAUUGACAAGCGAGAGCUCUCUAAAAUGUCCGACGAGGAUUUGAUGUCAUUCUCCAAAAAAGACAUCGUGGCCAGGUUACGCCAAGAGGAGGCCAACAAGAUGACAGCCCUUAUACAGCGAGGGCGGUUAAUUAAAGAGGUUAAUAAACAACUGCAGGAGCAUUUACUCGAAAUCAGGGAACUCAAAGUAGUCAAUAAUAGGCUUCAGGAGGAGAACCAAGAACUGCGAGAACUAUGUAGUUUCCUGGAUGAUGACAGAAUGAAAAUAAAAACGCUUUCCCGAGAGUGGCAACUUUUUGGACACAACGCUGCCAAAGUGAUGCGUGAGGACGUGGGUGGACAUCUGAAGAAGUUAGCUGAUUUGGAACGAGUGCAAGAUGGAUUGGUAAAGGAGAAUUUCGAUCUCAAGGAACUGUGUGUUGUUCUGGAGGAGGGUUGUGUCAGCAGAGGUGAUUCCAGUCCUGGCGGGUCGUCCGAGUUGAGUUUACAGUAUUUUGUGGCCCGGGACUUUGGAGAUGGAAGUUCCAGCGCUGGGAGCAUCGGUAGUCCAGAUCCUCUUCUAGUCUGUUCUCCCGAUGAAUGAGAUGGUACCAACAAACUUCUUCUAUCAAAUAUAAAAUAUGUUGUUAAUGUCACCUCAGGUCACAUAAAAGGGGAAUGGGUCGUUUUUAUGCUAUGUUAUAGAUUUCUAGCAAAAUAUCACAGGCCACGUUCUUAUCGCGCAUUCAAUAUGACGGGAGCUGACCAUGGUGCUGAAAUAAGCAACAUACUGUACAUCCGACACGGGAAUGCUUUAUCUCGAACUGUUUUAUAUUGACUGUUGAUGGGAAUUUGUAUUCUUCAGUUCUCUUUUAUUAGUUUGCAUGACACAUGUUCAAUUUUCCCUUGCAGUUUUGUCAUAUUGUUCUUCACACAAAUAGUGUUUAUUUUCCCUCCAUUCAUUCAAUAUCACUUUUCUCUCUGAAUAUCAAAGCAUUAUCUAUCCUAUCCUUUGAGCUGGUGAGCCUUUUCUAAGUCGUGUCUGUGCCCCUUAUAGCAUGUCAUAGUAUUUGUAAUUUUAAAAAAACGAAUUGUCCAAAACUUUAUUGUAAUUGUGAAAACCCUCAUGUUUUUACACUGUUUUGUUUAAAAGAUGACAAUAAUGAUCUGAAUCAGCUUGUUGUUUUUACAUGACCCCUAUUUGGGUAGAUUAGAAGCAAUAAUGCAUGAUGGUGAUGUUUUGAAAACCCCAACUCCCAGUCUCCCAGUUGUAAGACUUUCUUAGGAUGAAGUGGAUGAAGGAGGAAUUCAUUAUUGAUCCAGGAUCAACUUCAGGAGCAAGGUCUAGGCCAAUACAUGCAGGAUAUUGGGCUUGUUCAACAUUGUAGCCGACACUGCAGGUGACUUCCGACUGUUUGAUCUACAAAUUACCAUGCAUCAUAAAUAACUACUCAUUA